AUGCAGCUUAUUUUCAAAAGGUUAUAUCAUCCAACACUUCUGCGGAUGUCUUUCUUUGGAAAAUUUCUCAAGCCAAUGAUGGCAACAGCUUCACCGAAAGAAUACCAAAUUAAACAACUGAUCAAACCCGUAGGCUUAGCAGCAGCACCAAAGAGGCAUACCAAGUACUCCCAGGGAAAUUCACUAAAGGACAUGUUUGAUUCGGAAAAGACAAACCACAGAGUAAAAGAGUUGGCUGUUGAAUUCAGCAAAUCCGGACUUUACGACGUGCAAGUUUUCCAGAAAACAAAAGGAAAGUUAUUUAUAGCGCCAGCUUCAUAUUGGAAGGACGAUAGAGCUCUUUUUUUCCCUCAUUUGGUGGGAACUUCAAUGGGAGAUAAGAAAGAACAGAAUAUCGAGGAUUUGUUGAGGGGUAAAACCAGUAUAGUGAGAUUAUUCAGCACGGCGGCCGGUGAUAAGCUCAGUAGUUCAUACUUCCAAAAAACUGCGAACAAUGAAAAAUCUAUUGACUAUUUGACUGACGCUGAUGCACGUUUAAGCUUAAACAACAACAACGUGCAAAUCAUCGAGGUUAAUCUUGUAGAAAACGUUGUAAAAAGUGCUCUUGUGAAAACGCUUGCUCGUUGGGCUAAUCGUGUUCCAUCCUGGCGUCAGCGAUUUUAUUUUGAAUGUUCCAGGGCCCAAUGGCCAUUUUCCGUUAGGGAAGAGCUCUUUUGCAACAAUGUAUUCUCUGGUUACAUCUUUCUAGUAGACCAACACUUGAAAAUCAGGUGGGCAGCCUGUGGGGAGGCCACGCCAUCUGAAAAGGAAGCGUUGUGGAAGUUUGUAAAAAGCCUAUAA